AAUAACAAAGAAAUAAAUUUUAUUCCGGCGCCUCCACCAUUUUAAUUUUCGAAACGUUACCAACCUAAUCCCCCCAAACACUAAAUCCCCUACUCCCAUUCAAAUGUUUUGUUUGACACUUCCAAAUUCCACAAUCUCCGAAUUGUUUUUUUUUUAAGCGCCCACAAUGACUACGAGUUCCAAAAACGAGACAGUCCUGUACUCCCAACUCCAACCAUGGAGCUCCGUAGUCGCAGACCCGUGCAUGGAACAACUCGCCGGGCCCCCGAUCCCCGUGCGCAUCGGCCAGUACUACCAAACCCCCAGACCCCACCCAUGGCGACCCACGCUGGGUUACGAAAACGUAGAAGUGACCCCAUUACCCAGCCAACCCGUCACGAACUCCAUCAUAGACCCGUGCUACACCCCCUACGGCAUGGCCACCGAGCCCCUCAAGUUCCCCAAUUUGGUAACAGGGUUUGAGCGGAACCCAGCGCAUGCAGCUAGGGCGGCUUUGUACACGAGAUACACCCCAGUUGAGUGGACAAACAACAAUCUGCGGAAUUACAACGAGUCGGAUACGAAUAGGAACUACUCGGAGCGGCUCAGAGGCGAAUUUAUUAGAGUCAUGAGAGAAACCGACGAAAAGACUUCGCAAGGACAGCGCGAAGUGGGGCGCAGGCUUGGUGAAAGACUCACCGACUUGACGUUUUGGCGAAACGAAGCGCGAACUGAGCUAGAGCGGCUCCUGAGUCACAUAGAUUCGUUGCAAGAGGCCCGAAGAAAUCUCGAGAAGGCAGUGGCUGAUAUAGAGGGCCCCCUGCACAUAGCGCAGGAGUGUCUCUACCAGCGCGAAAACCGACAAGGGAUUGACCUAGUGCACGACCACCCUGAGCAAUGUCUCCUCAAAGAAGUGGAAACUUACCGCAACGCUCAAGAGAAACUUAAGUGUCUAUUUGGAAAAUUGAAAGACCAGUUUAGAAACAUCAGAGCUGCGCAGCACGAGUUGGAAACUGACGUGAGGAGCAAGGAGGGGGCUCUCGGUAUCGAUAACAUGUGCCACCAACUCAACAACUUUUCCAAAGGGAUUAAUUACUAUGGAGGGAUUGAAAAAUAUGACCCUACGGUGUCCACGCAGGCCAGCUGGGCCGAAAAUAGUAACAGGAUUGUGCAAAGGUCACAGUCUGAAAGGGGCAAAUGCGGUCAACUUGUCGCCGACACCGAGAAUUUAAUAAAUGUGGUGGCUAUUGAAGUGUGGGAUGCUUGGAGUAAUACUAACAAUGCUCUAGCUCGAAGGGCGGCUGAAACCCUUGAAGCUAAGAGCAAGCUCCAGAUGCACCUGCACCAAAUCCAACAAGAGAUUUUUGAUAUUGAGAAAAAUAUAGAGCUGCUGAAGAAGGCGAUCAUGGAUAAGAGUAACCCCAUGAAGGUGGCUCAUACGAGGUUGGAGGCCCGCACGCAUCGAAAGAACGUCGAACUGUGUAGAGACAUAGCGCAAGACAGACUUGUAAAAGAAGUUGUAGAUAUCCAAGACAGUAUUGAAUAUCUACACAGAAAGUUGCAAGAGGCGGAAGCUCAACACCAACAACUUCUAAAAACACGGUCUAACUUCGAGACUGACUUACACAACAAAGUCAAUUCAUUGUUCAUUGACAGAGAGAAAUGUAUGGGUAUGAGACGCUCAUUCCCCAUCACAGCCACAAUCAAAUACUAAAAACCAUUUAAAUAAAACAUGCGCUAAUAAAACAA